ACCGUUCAGAGCUGCUGAUCCGAUGCAGAUUUACACCAUAAUACUAAAGGGUAUCGAUAUGAUAGAUUUCCCAAGAACGAUACCCAAGAACGCUCAGCAUCUCAUCAAGAGGCUCUGCAGGGAUAAUCCAAGUGAAAGAUUAGGAUACCAGAAAGCAGGAAUUGCAGAUAUCAAGAAGCACAAGUGGUUCCAGAGCUUUUACUGGGAAGGUUUGCGAAAUCAGAACUUGACUCCACCUAUAAUCCCAAAGGUUUCCGGACCAACAGAUUGUAGCAAUUUCGACACCUAUCCUAGAGACUGCCAUGUACCAGAAGAUGAAGAAUCUGGUUGGGAUCACGAUUUCUAGCAUCUUUCUCUUCGAAUUUAAAGGAAUCGAUAUCUAUGGUGCUUCAAAAAAAAUCUCGCGAUGUUAUGCAGGUUGCAUGUUCAUCGAACUGCGAGUUGAUUACGCCAAACUACUUGUAAAAGUGAACUUUUUGCCAUAUAUUUUGUGAAAUCGUCAUUGAGUCUAUACAGGAAACUACAAUGCAACUGCAUUUCAAAAACUGUGUUCUUCUGCUUUUUGGACCUAAUAUUUAUUGAACUAAAUUUUAUGAAGUCUUUAAAAUGUACAAGUUGUUAUAAACUUUAUUGGAAACGAUUAUAUUAUGAUGAAAUAUUAAAUUUGGAAUGAAAAUAUAUUAAUACAAUAUUGAGAAAUAAAAUGAUUGAUAAA